AUGGCGUACCUGAUUUCUCUACGGACGCCUGUCACCUCAACCAAGAUCUACUCACUUACUUCUCUCUGCCUGCAACGACUCAACUCGGCUCGUUCUUAUCACUCUCAGAUGCCAGCACAAAAGUACAAUUGCUAUACUGAUGCCGAACCACUACACCGGUAUCGACCAGGUGGCUACCAUCCCAUUGCAUUAGGUGAUGCCCUGAAGAAUGGAAGGUAUAAAAUCCUCCAUAAGCUAGGGUGGGGUGGCUAUUCUACCACAUGGGCCGCAAAGGACCAGAAGGAUGACCGCUAUGUCGCAGUCAAGAUCACGGUAUCCGAAGUUAAAGAGAGCGGCGAGCUCAAGAUCUUACGAGCACUAUCUACUCUACCCAUACAUCAUCCCGGAUCAUCUCAUAUGACCCAACUGUUAGACCAUUUCACUCUUGUCGGGCCUAAUGGCUCCCACGAUUGUCUGGUGCUGGAGCUGGUAGGAACUAAUGUUGCAGAUGUUGUUGAAUCAUACUGCAAAGAUGACAGACUUCCUUCCAAGCUUGCGAACGUAUUCGCUAAGCAAGCACUGCAAGGACUCGAUUUCCUCACGGCUAACAAUAUUGGGCAUGGGGAUCUGCACACUCGAAAUCUUGCUCUAGUCGUGUCCGGUCUUGAUUCUCUAAAUGAACAAGACUUCAUUGCCAGACUGGGGGAGCCCGAGAUAGGCGCAGUAACCAGAUUUGAUGGUGGACCUUUGACGGACAAGAUACCAACUCAGAUUAUUCGACCUGCAUUAUUCCGGAGAAGAGACCUUAUGCGGUCUUGUCCAUCAAUCAAAAUCAUUGACUUCGGAGAAGCCUUCUUUAGCAAUAAUGCGCCAGGCACGCUGCAUACCCCAUUGUCUGUAAGAGCACCAGAGAUCGUUUUUGGAGACCGACUGGAUCAUCGAGUGGAUAUAUGGAGUGCCGGCUGUUUGAUCUUUGAACUUAUAACUGGGCAACCUCCGUUCGACGUCGUUAUGUUGACUCCCUCCGUUCUUGUUGGUCAAAUGAUGGAGCUCACCUCUGACGAGCUACCGUCGAGGUGGCAUGCAAGAAAAUACGCCUCAAAACGAUGGGGGCUUUACACUUCAAAAAUGGCUAGAAGAGACUUACUUUUGGAAUGA